AUGGCUACACAACUUAGCCAAAUAAUGGAUGUUAUGGAGCAGGAUUAUGAUGAAAAAACUUUGAGAAAAUUAAUUCGAAAAUUCGACGCUGAUGGUUCUGGAAAAUUAGAAUUUGAUGAAUUCUGUGCUUUAGUCUAUACAGUAGCAAAUAGUGUAGAUAAAGAGACACUUCGAAAUGAAUUAAAAGAAGCUUUUAGAUUGUUUGAUAAAGAAGGUUAUGGAUAUAUUUCUACUGGAACAUUAAAAGAACUUUUACAUGAAAUAGCCCCUGAUCUUAGUGAUAAAGAAUUGGAUGAUGCUGUUGAUGAAAUAGAUGAGGAUGGAUCGGGGAAAAUUGAAUUUGAGGAAUUUUGGGAAUUAAUGGCUGGUGGGGAAUAUGAUUAA